CGCUGUGUGAAGGGAGAGGAGCUUAGCCUUCGAGGGGACACCAUUAAUGACUGCCACGCAGAAAUCAUCUCCAGGAGAGGCUUUAUCCGGUUUUUGUACUGUGAGCUGAUGAAGCAUUGGGAAAGCCCUGGUGAUGAGACUGUUUUUGAGGUGGCAGACGAUGGGAAGCUGAAGAUCAAACCUGACAUCACCUUUCAUCUGUAUAUUAGCACUGCUCCAUGUGGUGAUGGUGCUCUGUUCGAUAAGUCGUGCAACGAGGCCGCCGAAUUAAACGGCUCUCAGCACAUGCCUCUCUUCGAGAACGUUAAACAGGGAAAGCUCAGAACCAAGGUGGAGAAUGGUGAAGGUACCAUCCCAGUGGAGUCCAGUGAUAUUGUGCCCACCUGGGAUGGCAUUCAGCAUGGUGAGCGCCUGAGGACCAUGAGCUGCAGCGACAAGAUCCUGCGUUGGAACGUGCUCGGUCUACAGGGCGCGCUCCUUAGCCACUUCAUCCACCCCGUCUAUUUGAGCUCUAUCACUCUUGGGUACCUCUACAGCCAUGGUCACCUGACUCGAGCGGUAUGCUGCCGUUUGGCCAGAGACGGGGAUGUGUUCAAAAAGAGUUUACCAGCAAACUUUACUCUCAACCACCCUGAGGUGGGCAGGGUGAGUGUGUAUGACUCGACACGCCACACAAAUAAGACCAAAGAGUCCAGCGUUAACUGGAGUCAUCCAGACCAGAUUACCGUGGAGGUGCUGGAUGGCACCAAGGGCAAAAUGGACAGUCCCAAGAUGGAGGUAUCGCGGGUUUCCAAGUCCAAUCUGUUCCGUCUCUUCCAUGCUUUGUGCCAGCGUGCAGGCCGAGCCGAUCUGUUGGCACUACCGUCCUACGCCCACGCUAAGAUGGCCGCCACUUCAUUCCAGGAUGCCAAGAGGCUGUUCUUCCUGGCGCUGAACCAACAUGGAUAUGGCGCCUGGAUCGGGAAGCCCUUGGAAGAAAAAAGUUUUGAGGGAGAAGCCAGAAGCUCUGAUCUAAGGGGAGGAAGCGGAGACGGACAGGCGCCAGGCCCUCCAGGUUGCGCUGUUGACCCCAAUAGCUGCUUGAGCUCAAACAACAACAACUUUAACUCUGCAGCACAGGGCUUUUAGGGAUAGAGAAAGAUGAAGAGAGAAGGGAUGGAGGGAGUGGAGGAGUGGCGAGCGGCAAAGAGAGAAAGAAUUGAGGAGGUUUAUCUUGUAGAGAGGGAGAACCAGGGUAAGCCUGUGGCUUUGGGAUUUCAACUUUAACCAUCAUGACAAAGCAGAAAUGGAUGCUGCCAUGGCAACAGAGCUAUAAACCCAAGGCAAAUUGGACUUUAUGAGACAUGAAGUAGAAGAUUUUCUUUUUUAGAAAGCUAUAUCUACAGGGUUGCAUUUGUUGUAGUGGGUUUCCCGCUCUCAUUUUUUCCCACUUGCUACCAUCACAAUACUGUGUUAUGUGAAUGCGUGGCCACAUUGCUCUCAUAGUCUUUUUGAUUCAUAUGAUACAUUUAGGUAUUUCUAACUCAAUAAAAAGAAUAAUGAUUGACAGCCGAUGCUAGUCAGGUCACGUAUUUAGAGACAUUCAGUUGGGUUGCAAUGGAUCCUUUGUGACUUGAAGUGGUUUAAGGGUUAGUUCACUCAAAAACUGAAAAUUGUCAUCAUUUAUUCACCCUCACGCUGUUCUA